UGUUGAAAUAGACACAAUAAAUCAGACAGACGCAGGAACGGCAACGAAGUGGUGCAAAACGAUUGUGAAUCACAAAAAUUAUCGCGCACCAGCGACUGUGAAAUCCAACAUCGAAACCAGCAGACUUGUGAAAAGAAAGCAAAAACAAGUAGCGCACACUUACAAAUAGACCGUGCGCGCUGCCGUAUCGGCCGAAUGUUUCUUCAAUCGUGCUAAUGCUGCAAUUCGCGCAAUCAAGUAUAGAAGUGCUCCAAAGUGGGCGCCACUGUUUGUGGUGCCGUAUGUUGCUGUGUGUUUGUGUGUGCUAAUUGCCAGAGCUUUAAUUGAAACCCCAACGCACCACACUUCACGUCGUUGUUGCUAGUGCCACUGGAAGGAAUGCUGCCCUUUUAAUUUGAAAGUAUAUACCGGUGUGGGUGUGUAUAUGCGUGUAUGUGUUUUUCGUAUUUAUCUAUAUAAAUAGUUCCGCUCGUUCGCUCUUGCGUGAUCGUGCGUGAACGUAAGAGUGGUGUGUGAAAGAUGAAAAUGUAAACGAAAGAAAACGAAGCUGACGUCGCAUCCUUUUCAAGUUGCUACAUAUAACACGCAAACUGUCGCGAAGUAAACGAAGUCACUUUCCAAAAUCGUCCUGAUCCUGUGCCUGCAAACUGUCUGUUGCUAACGCACGUGCACAUCACACAUAGAGGGCCGCUUCACCGUUGCAGCAGAUGUAUCCAGCCUAGUGCAGAAAACGGACAGUGCGCGCUGUGUACCAUCUCGUUUUACCCGGUACGUUAACCGAAUAACGUAAACCAAAGGCUUAUAUAUUACGUUACGUCUGUUAGCAAGUGACAGGCCCCUGGAGGGUGCGCCAGAGUUUUGGAAGCGUACACUGGAGUGGUAUCUCCGCCCCAGUCUGACAAUACAGUGCUACCCGCUAUGCUAGCACCGGGCAUUCGAGUUGCCCGCGGUCCCGACUGGAUCUGGCAUGAACAAGAUGACGGCGAAGGACACGUCGGGACACUUUGUGAAAUAGGACGCUUCGGAUCAACCCACUCGCCGGACAAGACGGUUGUUGUGAACUGGGAUUCGGGCCACCGGACAAACUACCGCGUCGGCUACCACAAGCAGUACGAUCUGAUCGUGAUCGACAAUGCACAAAUAGGCGUGAAACAUCCUAACGUGCUUUGCGACGGUUGCAGCAAGGCGGGCAUCACUGGUAUACGGUUCAGAUGUGCUGAAUGUCCGUACUACGAUCUGUGCGCUACUUGCUACGGUAAUGACUUGCAUGAUCUAGAGCAUCCCUUCAUCCGAUUCCAGACUGCCAACUCUCUCGGCAUCCUUCUGCCACCUAGGAAAGGUUCUACCAAAAUACAGUUAAAGGGCAUCUUCGCCGGUGCAAGAGUAACUCGUGGUCCUGACUGGGAAUGGAAUAAUCAAGACGGUGGUCCGGGCAAAUCUGGACGUGUUUUGGAAAUUCGUGGCUGGGAUAACGAAUCCUGCCGUAGUGUGGCGAGUGUAGCCUGGGCUUCCGGCUCAACCAACGUUUACCGGCUCGGGCAUAAAGGAAACGUAGAUCUGCGUUACGUGCAGCCGUCUAUCGGUGGAUUUUACUACAAAGAUCACAUGCCAGUAUUAGGACAACCAGAAGAACAGCAGCCGGUUUCGCCACCGGUGCGUUCGAACUUUUCCGUCGGCGACCGUGUUCAAGUAGCUAUCUCAGAGGAGCGCCUAAAGACGCUACAACAGGGUCAUGGCGGAUGGAAUCCGCGCAUGGCCGAAUAUCUGUCAAAAGUUGGCAUUGUGCAUAGGAUCACGGACAAAGGUGACAUUCGUGUGCAGUACGAGGGCUGUACUAACCGGUGGACCUUUCACCCUGCGGCAUUAGUAAAGAUUUUUAGUUUCAACGUCGGUGAUAUAGUUACCUUCAUUGCGGAUGCUGCCAAAAUGCAACAACUCCAAAAAGGCCAUGGCGAGUGGAUCGAAACGAUGCACAACGUUUUGGGCAAAUUGGGGAAGGUUCUCAAAAUCUACAGUGAUGGUGACUUGCGUGUGCAGCAAAUGGACGAAGAUAUGGCGUGGACUGUGAACCCAAUGUGCGUAAAGUUGUCGACUGCGGCGCAUGCUGCCGCGACUGAGCGCUCUAACAGUAUGCGAGAUUUAAGCAAUCAGCGUAUCAACGUACACCAUAUGGCGCCAUUGGCCGGGUUGGGUGGUCCUACGGCCCCCGAUCGAUUGGUACGCGAAGCUGCCCUGGGAAACCUUGAAUUCGUCCAAACCUUCCUUAACAUUAAUCCGGAAGCAGUGGACUGCGUAAGUGGAGGAAAAACCUGCCUGCAAGUUGCCGCCCAUCAGGGACACGUGGAGCUGGUGAAGUAUUUACUGAUGGCGGGUGCCAAUGUAAACGUUACGGACAAGGAAGGCGAUUCGACGUUGCACUAUGCGGCGUUCGGCAACCAACCGGAAAUCAUGCGUGUCCUACUACAGCAUAAUGCCAGCAUCGAUGAACUAAAUUCAGCACACUGCUCGGCACUGCACAUCUCCGCACAUAAAAAACCACCGCACUGUGUAAAGGUAUUGCUAGAAUUCGGUGCGAACGUAAACGUGCAGGACGCGUACGGUGAUACGGCACUGCACGAUGCGAUCGGCAAAGAAAACAUCGAAGUUGUGGAGAUGCUUUGUGGGUGUCCCACGCUUGAUCUUACUAUCCGUAACCACCGUGGGUUCAAUGUGUUGCAUCACGCAUCCCUCAAAGGUAAUGUGCACGCGACACGACAUAUCAUUCGGCUGGCACGUCAACUGAUGAAUGUUCGCAAGGAUGAUGGGUUUUCCGCGCUACAUCUUGCAGCCCUCAACGGUCACACGCGUAUCAUCGAGGUGCUGGUGCAGGAGGGUCAAGCAGAUAUCAACAUCCGGAACAACCGCAGCCAAACGCCAUUUCUGCUGGCGGUCUCCCAAGGCCAUACGGCUUCCAUUGAAAAGCUGGUUGAUCUUAGAUGUGAUGUACGAGCGCGCGACGAAGAUGGUGACAAUGCAAUGCAUCUGUGCAUCAUCAAGAAAGCGAACCUUGUACAAGACGUCUCACCGACGGAUGCACCAAAAAUCCACGACAUUUACCAAUCAUUGGCUGGCAUUGUUAUUGAACAUCGGCUUAUGUAUGCGUUGUUAUGCUUUCUCGCUAGCGAAGGUUGUCCGCUCGAUGUCAAUCACAAGGGUGCUCGCGUACUUGACUGGAUCGGGAGUCCACAGAUCAAGGAGAUAAUCGUCGAAUACGAGCGUACGCGGUUAGCUAGGGAAGCUGCUGCUGCCGCCGCGCCGAAUGGUCCCAUCAUCUCGGCCAGUCUCCAGGCAAACCCUUCCAGUGUAACAUCCUCCCGCAACCUCCCCAACCCCGAAGAGGACACACCGCCACAUCAGCAGUUAGUGUCCAACUUGGAAGCGAUGAACAUCGCAGGAUCCGCAGUUGAGUCAACAGCUGGCGGGAGAGUAGAAAAGCUAGCGGACGCUGCCGGCAGUGCAUCGCUUACGCUCGAGAACGGACUAGCGGGUGUUAGUGGACUGCAGAAUCCUGCAUCGUCCAUUCCAAGCAAUCCUCCAACUCCGGCACGACGAAAUAGGGGGCAUGGGGUUCGGGAUGCGAGUACCGCUGGUGCACUUGUCACACCACCCGCCGUUCUCGGUGCAGGCAUUCAUAGCGAUGAAACCGAAGCAAACUUGCUUCACCCGUUGGCUACGGCAACCUCCUCAUCAUCAACUUCCACCGUCUAUACCAGUCCUAGUACUGUCAUGCCGGUGGAUAGUCCCGCUCGGUACACGUCGCCUAACCGAGCCUUAUCGCCUGCAAUAGGCGACUCCCUGCCAGCAGCACCUACGCCUCCCCCGCACGGAUCAACCUCGCCGUCUUUGAGUUCUGGACCUAGCGUCGGUCCCUCGUCGAAGCAUAUCAGCCGGCGGCAAUUCGUGAUGGACAAGAACACCGCGCCUCCUAUGCCAACACCACCAGCAGCAACAAUUUCCAAUCUUCCUGCUGCUACCUCAUGCUCAGCUAGUCCUACGUCAGCAACAACAAUUGUACCACCGGUACCACCACCGCUCCCUAUUGCCGCACCCCACCUUCAACAAGUGCUGCCUCCGACUGAAGCACCACGCGAAUGUAUCGUGUGCAACGAAACGCUACAGCUGAUCGUAUUCGAUCCCUGCCAUCACCAGAUCGCGUGUGAGGAGUGCGGUUUGCGUAUGAAAAAGUGUCUCACCUGUGGGAUGCACAUCGAUCGUCGCACGACCGCUGCCGGAUGGCCGUUACAUGGUCCAAAGGAUGGCCGGCAUCCGUCGGCCGACCGGUUGCGGUACCUCGAGAGCAAAAUCAUCGAGAUCGAGGAAACGCAUUGCUGUAGUAUCUGCAUGGAACGUCGUCGAAAUAUAGCAUUCUUGUGCGGGCAUGGUUCCUGUUCAAAAUGUGGCGAAACUCUCAAGAUAUGCCACAUGUGCCGGAAGCCGAUUACGAAAAAGAUCAAUCUUUAUUAGGCCGUACGAUGUACCAACGACCGGGCUUCGACUACAGUUAGUGUAUAAAUCUAGAGUCAGAGCUAGAUGCGUAAGAGUGACGGGAAACAGUAGGAAUCUACAAUGGGAAACGGUGUUGUUUAUGCUGGAAACAGCGAGACAGACGGCCGCUGGGCUAAAAUCGUGGUAAAAGCAAGGAAACGCUGCAAAGGAGAGGUUUGUCUGUAAGUGUCCACUAUUUAUUUCAGCCCUACCUGAGCUCAUCUUGGUCGGCUUAGGUAGGGAUUAUUUGUUUCAUCCAAUUCCGCAACACAUCCCACAGUAGUCAUUUCGGUAGUGCUUUCUGCGUGAGUAAUUCGAGUAACAACACGCGCUAGGGGCAACGUGGCGAACGAUUGUCGAAUAUCGGCCACCCCAACAUUUUUUCCUAAAACCUAGUCCUAUUCGUAUUCUGUUUAGGGUGAGAUUGCGGGCGUUUAAGGUUUAGUUCCGUUCGCAGCCAAACGGCUGUGCGCGGUGUGUACAUGUAUUUUUUAAGUAUAUGUUAAGUAUAAUCGAUAAAGGUAUAUAGAAAAUGUUUAUAUCUGUGUGUACGACAAAUGUUGAACAAUAGAACAAUGGUUCCGAUAACGAAAGGAAAAUCACUGAUCCUAUGGCCUGUCCAUCUAUAUGUACCGUUAUGUCUCGUGUGCUGAUGCAAUCGUAUUGUUGCGUUCUCAUUAGUGAAUGACAUUUUUGUUGCAACUAUAGCUUAAUUUUAUUAUGCCUUUCAAUGGAAAUUCCGGAAAAAAACAAAAAAUGAUUACUAUCGUACUUUUACCAAUUUUGUUAAAAAACCAAAUCCAUUGUAGUUCGUCCCUUCGCUAAACAAUAUUUUCUAGCUGAAAUUGGGCGAUCAACCUUUUGCUUGCUGUAACAACUGCAUUGCACCAAAGGUACGCUACAGAAGCAGCAGCUGUUCUGCUAUUGAUAUUCAUGAAAAAGAUUAUGAAAAUGAUACACAUGUAUCAUAUACACAUAAACAAGCGGAGUGGCAACAAAGGUUCAUUUCGCUUUGUAAUUUCAAAAUAUACAUGCCGUUUCCACGUGUUAGGUGCAUUCAUUGUCAUAUGUAACCAGCGUUUUGGCUUCCUUUCGUCGUUGAAUGUAUCUAAUUUACGGGUAGUGAAUCUUGAAUGCUUUUAAAAUACAAUACAGUCCAGUUAAUUUAUUUUCCAUAAGACCGUUCAAUGCGUUCAAUAACAGAUCUUCAGAGGGGAGCAGGUUUGAUUUGUUUGAACGGGUUUUUGUUACGAUAUUUCCGAGUGUUUCUACCUUUUUACCAUAUGCGUCUUGCAGCACACGUUAUCAUCAGUUUGUAAAUGCGCACAUCGUAGGACACACGUUGCACUGCCUCAAGAACCAACAGAACCAAGGUUAAAUAGGGUUUCUUUUCCUGUAAUGCAAGGAAUAUUUUUUCCGCCUUUGGCCAUCGCGAUUAUAGAGUCAGAAUUAUAGAUGUUAAGUGGCGAGAUUAUAUUGAUUGUCACCGAGACAGAGACAAGUGAAUUUCACCCAACAAGGUGAGCAGCAAACCAGGUUAGUAAAUAUAUGUUGCAUUGUGUAAACUUGUGCAUGUCGUUUAUUGCAAUAUACAUACAGAUGCAUUAAAAAGAUAAAAUCGAA